AUGGAGCACUACUCAGAUCAGGGCUGUGAUUGCGCUGAGCUGCUUGACUGGCUGUUUGAUCAAAACGAUGGGAUCCUCCGUCACGAGGAAGCGGCACACCGUGGCAGCCUCCAUAACUACCUAGUUCAGGACCCAAAUGUGCGUCUGAAUCCGCCCAACCAGGCAGACAAUGACUUUCUGAAUGCUCUCCUGAGUGGAAGCAAUUCUGUUUCAACCUCACCACUCUGGUCCCCGUCUCCCAGUGACAGUGGGAUCAGUGAGGACCCUCCCUCAGACCAGAUGGAUAGUCCUCAACGACCCGAGAGCCCGCCUGAAGACACUCACUGCUUCAGUACAAAACCACAAAUCAACGCAGGACUGGAAGCCAAUGUCUCUAUUGAUCUGAAUGGCUGGGAGUUUAGUAACCCAAUGGGCAAAACAAGCGUUAUGCAAUACCCUUCUGCUGCAUAUAGAUCACAGAUGUCCUCUGGCCUGCCGCUGACUGUCAAAGAUCUGCUACUAAAUGGCACGCCAGAGCCAGCCCCCCAGCAACCCCAGAAGUCCAUUCAGGAGCUGAUUCUCAAUGAAGAUGAAAAGAAGCUUUUAGCAAAGGAAGGGGUUACCCUGCCCAGUCAGCUACCUCUCACAAAGUACGAAGAAAGGAUUCUGAAGAAAAUUCGCAGGAAGAUUCGCAACAAGCAGUCUGCCCAGGAGAGCAGGAAGAAGAAGAAGGAGUACAUUGACGGUCUGGAGAGCAGGAUGGCUGCUUGUAAUGCACACAACCAGGAGCUGCAGAGAAAAGUGUCUCAACUGGAGAAAUGCAACAUGUCACUAAUGGAACAGCUGCGUCGGCUGCAGGCUCUGGUCAUGAAUACAUCUAACAAGCCAGCCCAGACUGGGACAUGUGUACUGGUGCUUCUGCUGUCCUUCUCCUUAAUCAUAUUCCCGAGUCUCAAGCCUUUCUCUGACACCAAGGUCACCCAAGGAGACUUCAGUCCAGUCAGAAUCCAGUCACGAGCUCUCCAGCACCUCCAGGCUUCCCGUGUGCUACAUGUCACUGACUCGCCAUUCUCUACUGAAGCUGAAUCAGAGCCCCUACACCGACAUUCACCAGGAGAGCGGGAUCUGGAAGACAUUACGGCACUGAUGGAGAAGCUGGGAGUAAACUCGGAGCAGUCAAGUUUGGAGUCCAGGCCCCUAAACAUCAGUCAGGAAGAUCCGAUCGGUCCUUUCCACGUGGACCCCAUUACUGGUCACAUAGCUACUGUGACCUUGAAUACCCACCGCUCUGCUGGGCUGCGACCGCAUGCUGAUGACAUGUAAGAGAAGUGAAGAAAACAGCAGCACAUACAUUGUUCUCCUUCUAAAAUGGUAGCGCAGGGAAUCAUCAGGUACUUUUGUUUACGUACUGUAGACAGGGGAAUUAGAAGUGAAUAAUUC